AUGCUAUGGUUCUGCGUCUUCCACAAUCUUUGUCUCAUUUCCGAGCUCAGCUACGUGUUCUUGAAUAAUUUUACUUCCCAACAUGGUUGGAUUCUCGAGGAUUGCCUUCGCGUGUCAAUCCCGCAUCUCUUUGUCUCAUCUGUUCAAACGGUGCUGUCCGUCUCGAUCUCUCUCGAUCUCCUCAUUGCCCUUCUAUGGCCUUUUCAACAUCGUUUCUACUCACUAAAGCGCUACGUGUCCCUUUUUCUCUUGCCCGCCUUCAUCUACGCGCUGAUCACGAUCUGUUGGGCGGUGAUCGAUAAAAAUAAAGAUAAACUUUCUUGGUGCAACGGCGCACUCGCGCUCACCGGUUCCUCCUUAAUUUGGUGGCUUUACUCAAAUGUCAGCCUCAAUUGCGUAAACGUUAUCGUCUACGGUGCAUUGUAUAUAUUAAUCGCAAGAAAUGGCACACAAGCCGAUCGAAUCCGUCGUACCUACUCGGAUGAGAGUCGAAAUCGCGGAGGUGGUAAGGCGAAGACCACUGAAAAAAAGGUGCUUCGCAGUCUCUCAGUUCUCCUUGCCGUCUACCUCUUUUCCUGGUUUUCCUAUAUCAUCGGGAUCACCAUCGUUCGCGAUCUUCCCCUAUCCCAAAAACGUUCCCAACUACUGCAAAGCUAUUCAGUGAUUCUCGCACUAAUUUGCUAUUCUCAGAACUACUACGUGAUGUUCAUCCUCUCAAAUACUUACAGAAGAGCUUUCAUGGAACAACUCUACAUAUUGAUUUGCAAAGACGUUCCGGAAAAGUACUGGCCGAUGUCGGUGACCGCCUCUCGGAGAGCUUCUCAGAAUUGGCAAAAGGCUCGCUCGGAAGCGCUGGCAGCCACCGGUGGUUCUCUGCAUUCCUCACAA